AAGCUAUCGACUUUAAUAGUUAACGAUUCAAUUAAUGAAAUAGUACAAAAAUUGCACAAGGUUGGUGUAAUUAAUCUAACACGUAAUGUACGUGACGAUCGCAUAUUGUAAAAGGUUAGUAGGCGCGGCUCUUUUUCUUUAGCGAGCAGCAGUAUAAGCAAAGCUAUUAAUCCGUGCAUAUGUGCAAGCUGAAGAGUGGGUGAUAAACGGGGCACCUGGCACAGUGGCACUGACGGCUCUGCAAACGUCAGCAUGCACGAUUAUUUCGCUUAACUUGCUCAUACUUGCUGUUAUAUUAUACUCGGCAGAUUCUUUCUUUUGCUAGCGAGAAUACAGAUAGAGUUCUACAUCACGCCACAGAGACCCUGGCUUUGUCAACUAAUUGAAUUACCAGUAGUCUCGUAAUAUUCGCAAACAUCAACUGAUGGACAAUCUUUUCAACCUUAACCCCAUUAAAUGAUUUAUAUUCUACGAUGAACUAUAAUGAAUGCAUGAAUGGCAUGAUCCAUGUUUGAGUUUAGACGCGAAAUUAAUGCAAUAAAAAAUGCAAUAUUGAGCAAUUGAAUGCAUUUUUAAAGCAGCUACAUUAGCUGUAUAUUCAUAAUGUCUAUUCAUAAGAUAUUAGUCACGUACUGUAGAAUACUAUUAAGAGCGUGACUUGGCGCACUUGUCUUGGUUAGCGAGCAUAAGGUGUAACAUUAGUGAAGCCGUCGUUGCUUUUUUAUUUCGCGGCUCGUUAGUUUUGCUAGGUCUGUUAUCCGUUACGAAAGCAUAGUUUCCCAAAGUUUUUUAAUCCGCCACGCCGUGCAAGUUGCUGCAUGAAUAAGCUUGCUGGCUGUAGCUUAUGCAACCGCCGUUGAAAUCGUUGAUCUUGCUUAAACUCUACGGGCGUUUCUUGUACGAUUUUUGCUGUUAACUAAGCUUAUAAAGGAAGUCCUCUUCACAGUGAAUUUCUUAUUCGUGUUUACUUUGAACGUCGUAAUUUUAAGGAAGUGAAAGAUGCAAACAACAGAGGCAGUUAUCAGCCAUGACGUUUUAUUCGAGUGGUACGCUGGCACCGAUUUUUAUUGGAUGGGUAAAGAAAAAUGAACGUGCGAAAAUAAACGUUGAAACUCUUUCAGUCGUCUGAAAUAGAGAAUAGCGUACCUAAGUAAGAUCGAAGGUCAGUCUGAACCGAUUUCUGGCAACUUUCAUCACAAACCGAACCACCUGUAAGCAACUUUAACUAAGCUGCAACGUCAAACUAUUGUGGCCGAGGCAGUAGCGCGUUUGCGAAAUUCAUCCUAGGCCAGCCUGACUCCAAUGAUUUGCUGCAGAAGAAAAACAAGGAAAGCGAUUACGUGUAGAAAUUGGCGCCAAUACUUUCAAAUGACUAUAAAAGCGAUAGUCCUAACUUUGAUUGAUCAGACGAUAAGCAACACCCAGCGUGAUCAGAUCGGAUAAGCAACCAGAAAAAUGUCGGGGAAAUGCGGAUGGCGAUCAUGGAUGACACUGGCAGUGUUGAUCGUCGUCGUAGCAUCAUUGGCGUCAGCCAGAGAUGUGCCAGUUCGAGAUUUGGAAGCCGCGGCUAGCCAUCAUCACAGUCAUCACAGUGAAGAACAUGGCGGGAAAGAGCACCACGAGCAUCAUCACGACGAACAUGGCGAAAAGGGCGACAAAGGGCAUCAUCAUCAUCAUCAUCACCAUCAUGACGACCACAAGCAUUACGGAAAGAAGCACGACGAAGGACACCAUCACGAACACGGUGGGCACCACAAACAUCAUCACGAUGAGCAUGAUCAUCACGGCGAGCAUCAUGAACAUGGCCAUAAGCAUCAUGGAGAAAAGCAUGGUCACAAAAAGGGCCACAAAAAGGGUGAGAAGACCCACGGUUAUCACAAGAAAGCGCAUAAGGACGAAUUUCACAAGGAACACAAAUUCUACGACGAUCACCACAAGGGUGGUCACCACGAAAAACAUGGACACCACCACGAGCAUCACGGCGAGAAAGAAGGACACCACAAGAAGGGAGGCCACCAUCACUCCGGACACCACCAUGAUCAUCACGGCAAGAAGGGUCAUCACGAUCACGGACACCACGACGAAGAUCACAAGGGACAUCACGGCAAACAUGGCCACGAUGAUCAUCAUCAUCAUCACGAAGAUUGGGCAAAGAAGGGGCAUCACCACCAUGGAAAGAAACACUCUCACUCUCACGGCCAUCAUUAAUCGUAAUAAUUGUUGUUGUUUUCCACUUUUAAUUGAGUCUGCAAUUUCAAAAAUUGUUAUUGUUAUAAAUUUCACACGUUAAAUAGCAUGUUACUACCUGUAGAGGAAAUUUCUUUGCAAUAUUUGUUCAAAGUUCGUGUAUUUUUUUUUACUAAGAAAUAUAAACUGUAGGAAUGAAACUUUUUUUAUACAUUGUAACAAAUGUACUCAUGGCUCAGUAUCAAAAGAUACAAAAUUCAAAGAAUCUUCUUUAAGUAAGGCUCAUGUUCAACAUUAUAUGAAUGUAUAUGAAUGUGUGCACGCGUAUGUUAAACCGAGUGUUAUAAAUAUAAAACAUUCUUGAUUCAGCAAUCUUAUAUAAAAUGUUAACAGUAUACCAAUCAAGAAUAAAAUAAAAGACUUUGUAUUAAUUAUCUAUUCAAUAUUAAAUAUCUAUUGAAUUAUAGAUCAUUGGUUUAUGGGCUUGUUUUAUCUAUAUUGUAGAAAAAUAAGAUAAAUGUAAGCUUUUGUAUUUAAUAAAUCUUCUUACGAGUUAUUCAAGUAAUUGAAUCUUUGUAUUUAAAAAAUAAUAAUAGCUGAUGACAUUUACUAUUAAAGCAAUUAUUAAAAACUUUACAACGUAACCACGUGGAAUACAAUACAAACAACAUAUUGAAGUAAAAAUACUUCACAUAAUCAAUAGAUUAGCGGAUUAAUUUUUUGUUAACGUUUUCGCAUGAUUAUUUUUUCAAUUUAUUAUACUGUAUGUAUUAAGACGUGGACUUGAAAAAAAACACUUUCACAAUAAAAUAAUUAUCCUAGCUAGUAGGUGACCGAAAC